AUGGUGGACGUUUGCGAAGGCGAGAACGGAGAACGAGAAAGAAGCAGCGCACGGUACGCAAGAGCCAUUCCCAUUUUAUCGCUGAGUGUACAGCCUUCUAAUUCUUCAUUGUACCCGCCGUCCGUGUUUCCAUCUAUGGUCUCCUUUGUUGAAGACAGCAUCACAACGGAACUCCAGUCCCUGCCUGCACUAUGUGCUGUCCGCUCGCCUUCUCGUCAGGAAAUAGAAGGUCUCGACUACAACUGUCCCCUCAGCACCGGUUUGCUAGUGAAUGCCACAAGCGACCACUCGAAGACUACAACCAUGAGCUUCCGCUACAUUACUUCCCCGUCGGACAUCGCUGCGCUUGAUUGGAUCGAACGGACAUAUGCUCCAGCUAUUCACGAGAUAGAUGUCAUGCGCCGACCAUAUGUUGCUUGGCUCGUGCAUUUCCUCGGAAUUUGA